AUGCCCAGCCUGGUGCGAAAGCUACUAAUUAUUGCAGCAGUUGAUGGGUUGAUCCUACAGCCGUAUGGGAAUGGGACACGGAAUAACAGUGAUGCAGGGUUUUCAUCACUGCGCAUUGACUAUAACAGUCGAAAAAUAAAGCCGGUGCCCUUGGGAGUAAAAUACCAGGAUAAAAACCCCCAUAGUCUAGAGGCGCACGGGAUUAUCGGCCUGCUCUCGGUUGCUUCGUAUUCCUUCCUUAUCUCGAUCACUCAGCGAGAACAGGUCGCCCAGAUUUUAGGCAAACCCGUUUUUGUAAUCACGGGUGUUUCCGUCAUUCCCUUAUCUUCACAAGCGGAUGCUUGCAAGGCCAUAUUGAACGCAAAGCGAGUUCAGCAGGAGAGUAGAAACACUAUCUCUGAAGCUGACAGGACAUCUGAAAGCGAUACUGAUCAGUCGGAUGCGCCCACCCAAGAAGAGCCAAACCCGGAUGCAUUCGAAGAUGCCCUUGAUCGAGGCGAGCAAUCUCCGUCCGCUUCCCUUAGCAGUGGAGAUAGUAAUAUUGCAGAGGAUGUUAUCAGAAAAAGAGGUAGGUAUCGCAGGUUUGCGAGCCAAUGGUUCUUUGAGAAGCUUUGGCAGGGUGGAAAUAAGACCCCUGGAGACCUAACGUUUAGAAAUUUGAGUGAUCCAGCCGCUAGCGGACGCCAAUCUAAGGAUUCUUUGAAGUACGAAUUGAACGAUGUCAUGGAGUUGGAUGAAUUUGACUCUUCGGGACGGAAGCUGGCGCCACCACCCAAUGUAGCUGGCAGCGAAAUACGGACUUAUGAACUGAUGCCAAAAUUUCUGCGAUACACUAAAAUGUUCUUUGGCUCGCGAAGCUUCUACUUUUCUUAUGAAUAUGACAUUACCAGGCGCUUUGAGUGCCAGGACCAACAAACGCUGCGAUAUCCCCUAUCAACUAGGGCGGAUCCUCUGUUCUUUUGGAACAAGCACUUAGUCUCACCAUUUAUAGAGUGUAACCAGAACGAGUUCGCCCUGCCUAUCAUGCAAGGAUUCAUUGGGCAACAAAGUUUCUCGGCUGAGCCUCUUUCAAGAUCGGAUGAGAAUCCGGCAAGCACGAGUUCAGCCUUUAUAGACAAUAUAGAAACGCCUUCGAUUUCACCGAACGAGGAAGAAAGAAACAGCUUUCUCAUCACUUUGAUUUCUCGCCGUUCCGUGAAGAGAUCCGGAGUUCGUUAUCUUCGACGGGGAGUUGACGAUGACGGGAAUACGGCCAAUACAGUCGAGACAGAACAAAUCCUAUCAAGGCCGUCUUGGAACCCUGCAGACAGAGUAUAUUCUCUGCUGCAAUUGCGCGGCUCGAUCCCUCUCUACUUUUCACAAUCACCCUACACUUUCAAACCUGUUCCAAUACUUCGCCACUCUGAUGCAAUAAACCAACUCUCAUUUAACAAGCACUUUAAAGAUGUUAAGAAUAGAUAUGGAAAAGUUCAAGCUGUAUGUCUCCUCGAUCAGCAUGGUGUUGAAGUCAAUAUUGGACAAGCUUACGGAAAGUAUCUCAAUACAAUGAACCUUAACAGUGACUCGGAAAAUUGUCAUGUUGGCUACGAGUGGUUUGACUUUCAUUCAGAGUGUCGGGGAAUGAAAUUCGAAAACGUAAAACGGCUUGUGGAUAAAUUGUCUGGCACUCUGGAUGACUAUGGAUAUACUGUUGUUCAAAAUAACCACAUUUUGAAACCCCAGUCAGGUAUUGUUAGAACAAACUGCAUGGAUUGUUUAGAUCGUACAGGUGUUACCCAGUGUGCAUUUGGUCAACAAGCCUUAGAGGAGCAGCUCAAACAAGAGGGAUACUUUAUUGACCUUAAGACCAGCACUAAAACCCGGUGGUUUAACAUACUCUGGGCGGAUAAUGGGGAUGCUAUCUCGCGACAAUACUCUUCCACGGCUGCCCUCAAGGGGGAUUACACCCGAACCAGAAAACGAGACUACCGAGGAGCGCUUAAUGAUUUGGGCCUAACGCUCUCCCGGUAUUAUAAUAAUAUUGUGAACGACUAUUUUUCUCAGGCAUGCAUUGAUUACCUUCUGGGGCUUGUUACGACGGCAGUUUUUGACGAGUUUGAAACAGAGCUUUGUAGCACGGACCCCGGGAUCUCACUGGAAAAAAUGCGACAGAAUGCGAUAGAGACAAGUUGCCAAAUCGUGAUUGGAGAUGACAAAGAGGAGCUUGUUGGAGGCUGGACCAUGCUGAGUCCCCGGGAACCCAACACACUGAGGUCACUUCCGUUUGAGCAGUCUGUCUUGUUGCUCACCAACGUCGCCAUCUAUUGCUGUCGCUUUGACUGGAAUACAGAGAAAGUCACGUCCUUUGAACGCAUCGAUCUCGAUUCUAUCACUAACAUAAAAUAUGGCACCUAUAUUACUUCCACUCUGACUGAAGCACAGAUGGAUGAAAGGCGAAAUGUUGGCAUCGUAAUUAGUUACGCGCCGGGGCGGAAAAAUAUCUUACGGGUGAAUACGCGCUCCCUGCAGAGUCUCAGCGAUCAAGCACAACUUGAUGCAAAAAGCAGUACGGCUGAUUGGGAUUUCGCGUCCCUACUUCAAAGCCCUAAUUCGCCAUCCAAUAGAUACGUUGCCUUUAAGCUACCACAGACGACGUCUGUUACUUCGCCCAAGCCACCCAAGGUCACUAUCAGUGAAUUGGACACGGCGCGUACAAUCUGUGCUGAUGUUGAACGCGUAGUCAAAGAGUCGCGAGGCUCAACACUUCACGAGGAAGAACUAUCAAUAGUCGAAGAGGCACAGAUAAUAUCGGUCGCCGAUGCAAAGAAACGGACAGGAUAUUUGGAGCAUUUGGUUUUUGAUAUUAAGAAACUUGUCUGGGCGUGA